UAGUGAUUUCCAACCAUUUAAAAACCACCGGAAGUGCAGUCGAAAAAAGUCAAAACAAAAGAAUUUUGCAAGAAAAAAUAAGAAAUGUGUAUGAAAGGCAACACUGUUUGAGAUCUAAUUAUGAGUUAUAUAUGAUGUUUAAAUAGCCUACAAGUUGACAGACAGACAUCAUCAUGCAAUUUGGUAAUGUCAGCCUCGGAGUGUCUGCGGGGAACUAUAUCAUACUUGGAUUAUGGUGGCACAUACAGAUUACUAAAAAGUACUGGAAUUGCAAACACAAGAAAUCAGACUUCUCAUCCACUGUCUCAUUCCAGUGCUGCUCAAGAUGUAGGAAUAUUCCUGUGGAAGGAAUAUGUAAGAUUCUCUCAAGUAUCUGUAUAUGUGUGGUCAGUAUAUAUCAAAUCAGAAGUGCUAGCAACACCACAGAGAGGAAUGAGGGUAUCGGACAGCUCACCGUGUUCAGUUUGUUUUCCUUAGCAACGUUUUGUGAUAUUAUAUCAGACUGUUGCCAGCGUGUGAUUUUUCCUGGUCUCGACUACCUGAUAUUAGUGAUCUGUUUCAACGUACAGUCAGUAGUGCUGUCGUGUCAUUCUGUGUCCGUAUAUUCGUGGAUGUCGGUCGCAGAUACUUGUGCAAUGUACGCAGCUACGUUCGUUGCUGUGGCUUUACUACUGGAGUUUAAAUACCCACAUUAUAUCUGGUUCCCGUUGAUGCGUUCAUUUUGUACGCUGGUGCUGGGAACCUGGUUUGCUCACAUGUGCAUUGUCCUGUUUCAAGAAAGCUCACAGUUGAAGAAUUCAUUAGAUGUUCUUAAUGUAACUGGAAACACAAGUUCCAUUGUAGCUCAGAGUGCAAUUUUGACAGAAUCUGAAUCAAAGAUCGAGAAUUUAUCUUUUGUGCCAAUGUAUUUUUCUUGGCAUAUUCUGUUUAAUGUGAAUCUUUUGACAAUUAUUUGGGUAGCAGUGUGGAAAUUGGCCAAUAGAAACUGCUGUGUGUGCAUGCCAGAUGAAGAACGGGUGAAUCAGUUUGAAAAUCGUGUACAUUUUGAUUACCACAUGAUCACUCGCAUGACCGAUUCCGAUUAUGAGGAUUAGUUUCUUGGAUGUUUGACCUUAAGCGGCCCACUGGCGUAAACUGAAUACUUAUGUGACCAGUGCAGAUUAAAAUCAGCUGGCAUAAGUGUGCUGUUAAGAUCAUGGACUGCACUGUUUGCUAUUUAGUUUGUAAAUAUUUUUUUUAAUUUUCCCCUUAAUAUGAUGAAUGGUUUUAUCCAGAUUGAAGGAUGGACAAGUCCAUUUAAGGUAUAUAGCGUAGUUAGGGUUAAAACACGUACAUCAAUGUUCUUUAAGAUGCAGGCAUCCUGAUAUUAACAUAUUUUAAAAAAAAAAUCUAAUCUUUGUAAUAUGUAUAUAAAGAGUUUAAGAAAUGUAUAAAUAUUUUCACUUUAUAUGGUGCUUACAUUUUAUACACAAAAUAUUGUGUAUUUUACUGUUUUGAGCUUGACUAAUCGAAGAAUAGGGAGAGCUGUAAGCCAAGUGUAUUUAUCCCUGAAUCAGGGUCAGCAUCACACUUUGGUUAAACUCUUGUGUGCAAGGUGAUUUCUGCAAAAAUACUGAAGGGAAUACAUUGAAACUUCACACACAUUUUUGAGAGCUUAAUAGGGAGUCACUGUCCAAGGCCCUGGCAUAACUUGAGCAUGGGUUUUGACAGAAUUAUGGCCUUUUUAGAAUUUAGAAAAUUCUACAUUAUCCAGACUCUUGCUUUACCAUCAAGCACUGGGGAUAGUUGAGCACACUGUUCUGCUGACAGCUUUUGUUAAAAUACUAAAUUUCUACCACAAAUAAUUUAACAAAGAAGACGCCAUUUUUGCACAUUUUGACAAUCUUGUAUAAUUAAAAAAAAUUAAGUGCCUUAAACUGACUUAAAUCAGUUUAUUUCCAAACAUGGCAAUACUUUUACAAUUAAAAACACUUCUUUAUUUCAUAUAUAAUGUUUGGUGCUUGACUUUAAAGGCCCAUUAAGCCUAAAAAUGCUAUGAUUUUUAUUUCUCAAAUUAUAAAGCAUUUUAUUCUUUGGGUCCUGUUACAGUUUCCAAAAAGAUACUCAUUGGCCACAUUGCUGAGCCAUAUUUUAUAUCUUUUUUAUUGUCGCACUUAUUACAGUUAUAGUGAUUUAGUAUUUUGUAUGGAAGUCAAAA